AUGUCUAAGUGCAAUUCAUAUUGGAUAUGUUUUGCAAUUUUAUUGCAUUUAGUCAUCAUUAGCAAUGCUAACAAUCAAUCCAGUGUUUUUAGAUGGGAUUGUUUAGUCUCCUUCACAUCUGUAGACAGUCAGCCAUGGAAAAGCUAUGGAAGAUUUUAUUGCAUUUAUAAGCCGACGCAUAAAAUCUCACCUUAUUACUACUGUCGUGAUAUACCUAAACCGAAGGAUAUCAAUAGUCCUUGCUCCAAUUCAACUUUAUCUCAUAUUUUAACAUCUUGGAAUUCAUGGCAAUCUAAUUCAUCGCUAAAUUUGCGCUAUCGAACACGAACUAUUCUUUAUAGUAAAGUUAGUAACUUCAAGUCAAAGCCUAAAUUGAUGGAAAUGAGCAUUCUUGAUCAACAGCAUGAAGAAAAUGCCAAGUUUACAAGAUGGAUAGUAGGACCGUGGUCUUCUUGUAAGCAACAAUCUAUUUUAAAUAGUAACACGGCUACGAGUAUGGCAAGAUCAAGCCAGCAUAUGCUACCUACAACAAUAUCUAAAAGGUAUAGAACAGUUCAAUGUGUAAGCUAUGAUGGCCACUUUAGCCAUGGUUGCUCAAUUCAAGCCAGACCCCAUGCAGAAGAAAUUUGUGCCAUUGGUAGUCAAUGCCAAGUCUCUUCUUGGUCAUCGUGGUCAGAUUGUCAAUUUAGCCAUAAUCCAUCCAAAUCGCCUCAAAUAGGAAUUCAAUCCAGAAAACGCCAUAUUAAUUAUCUCAAUCCUGAUAAUGGAAUUUAUUCGUGUCCUCCGUUGCUAGAUCAACGAACUUGCAAGCUCAUUCAUAAGCCAAAACCGCAAUGGAAAACAGGCGAAUGGAGUUUAUGCCAGAUUCGUUGGCCUUCCUUAUUAGCUGGGCAACAGCAAUGUGGCAAUGUCGGAUGGCAAUCGCGAGCAGUAUGGUGCGUCAAUGAUCGAGGUAAUAUGGUUAAUGAAAAAUAUUGCCAACAUGAUGGAGGACAAGAAAAUAAACCAGUUUUCAAUCGCUUAUGUAUAAUCGAUUGCAAGAGAGAUUGCUUAGUUGGGCCUUGGUCAGAAUGGUCAUCAUGUUGUUCACCUUAUCGUUCAUUUUCAAGACGCCAUCGGCAAGUAUUAAUACCACCAAAACAAAAUGGACAAGCCUGUCCACCCCUGACAGAAAGUAGAAAUUGCUCAAUGCGAUCUUGCUAUCAAUGGUUUGCCGAUAAAUGGUCAACCUGUUUACUAUCCAAUGCUAAUAGUCGUCCAUAUUGUCAAACUGGUCGUAAAUUUCGUAGUGUUUAUUGUAUCGAUCAAAAUCAUCGUAUGGUCAUGGAUAGAUAUUGUAAAUUAUGGAAGCGGCCAGCUUUCAGUAAAUCAUGUACACUGCCAUGCUUAAAUGAUUGCAUCCUUAGUCGUUGGAGCGAUUGGCAAACUGAAACAUUACAACUAAUACCGAUAAGAUUGAAUUCAACCAUGAUGAUGCUACAAGAAAAUCGCCAAGUUCGUAUACGUUAUAUCUUAGCAGAUCCAGGUGUUGGUGGCAAACCAUGUCCAUAUUCAUCCCAGCUUAUCGAAAGUAUGACUGUUAGGCAUUAUUUGCCUAUAUGGAUCACUCAGUCUUGGUCAAAUUGUACUUGUUUUGCCGAUGGAUGUUACCAAUAUCGGACCGUAAAUUGCUUUGAUGUCUUCGAGAAGAGAAUUUUACCCAUGUCAUUAUGCCAAUAUCGAAUGCAACCUCCAUUAGAGCGAAAAUGUCAUGAUCAACAACAAGAGCGCCCAUUGCAUUGCCAAUUAUCACCAUGGAGCGAUUGGUCUUCACCCCCUCCAUCCUCAUCAAUGAUCUUUUGCAAACCAAAAGCGCAAAAUAAACGAUUACGGGUUGUCCUACAAUAUCAUUCUGUUGGUGGCCAUCCUUGUCCAAGUAAUAUGACUCGUAAUGGUCUUAUCGUGGAAUAUACAAAAUUGACCAAUCUAUCUUGUAUUUCGUCUGCUUCUUCAUCAUCAUCCAUGCCGUACUCAUCUUCAUCCAAGCUAUCAUCUACAAAUUUUUAUACUUGGCGUACAGGAUCUUGGCAAGCAUGCCUAUUAUUAAAUUUUGACCGAAGAAACCCGUUGUGUGGUGUUGGCAUGCAAUCUAGAAUGGCCCAAUGUAUUCACCUAGAGAAUAACAAUAUUGUUGCGCUUAACUAUUGCUUAAAGAAUCGAUCAUUAAAAAUGCCAGAAAUAUUUCGAAAAUGUUUCGUUCCAUGCCAAGGUGAUUGUAGUUUAACUCCAUGGUCCGCUUGGUCGAAUUGUUCACAAUCUUGUUCUAAUCACUGGAUCAAUCCAAAUCGAAAGCGAUAUCGCACUUUUACAAAUUAUAAUCGAGAAGAAGGUUUAAGAGUUUGCCGAUAUAUCGAUCCAAGCCACCUCGAACAGCAAUCUAAAUGCACCAAUCGACAUUGCUUUGAAUACGCAUGGUUACCCAGUCCCUGGUCCAGUUGUUUGCUCAAAGCUUCCAAUUGCGGCCAAGGUUUACAACAUCGCCAUUUAACAUGCCAAAGAAACGAUUCAAUCAUUGUCGAUCAUCGUUGGUGCCAGCAAUAUGCUAAGAAUAAACUCGCUAUUAAUCGUCGAUGCUUCAAAAAUUGCUCGAUCGACUGCAUUGUUAGUACAUGGUCAGUUUGGAAUCCUUGCCAACAUGAUUGCGGUGACAGCUUAAGAAAUCGUACAAGAACUGUAUUACGAGCUCCGCAAUAUGGUGGUCGUCCAUGCCCAAGUUUAUUCCAGUUAGAAAUAUGCCAAGAGAGACUAUGCCAUGAUAUUCGUUGGCAUUAUACAACUUGGAGCCAAUGUCUAUUUCGUAAUCUAUCGAAACGUUGUGGUCAAGGCUUUCAAAGCCGUAAAGUUUACUGUAGUGAUCGACAUGGCCAUGUCUUAGAUGAUCAACGAUGCUUAUUAAUAGCUGAUAAACCAAAUUCAGUAGAAUCAUGCCAUAUUGCAUGUCCUGGUAAAUGCGUUUAUAGUUUAUGGACUCCUUGGCAGCCUGGAAAUUGCAUCUUGAACUUACGACCCAUUAAUAAUCGUACCAGUGGUAAACCACAAUGUCGUACUCGAAGAAUCUUAAGGCAAACCAGGAAACGCUACGAAUGUUUACAACCUAAUUUAUUAUUUCAACAGCGCUAUAUCGAUGAAGAUCAAUUCUCAUGGGAUGCUGGCUCAUGGGCUACUUGUCGAACUUAUCCACGAUCUCGUUGCGGUGAUGGCUUACAAUAUCGUCCUAUUUAUUGCAAGAAUCAAAAUCAACAAAUUGUUGCAACAUCGUUAUGCAAAACUAGACCACCUGAAGGAGUACGCGGUUGUCGAGAAGAUUGCGAUGUUGAUUGUGCACUCUCACCAUGGUCAGAUUGGUCUUCUUGUUCAAAAUCAUGCGGAUUAAAAGGCAUUUCAACACGCCAUCGUAGCAUUCUUUUCAAUGCUACAGGUAUUGGAAAAGCAUGCCCAUCCAGUCAGCAAUUACAACAACAGAAGUCUUGCAACAUUCGCCCAUGUGUAAAUUAUAUCAUAACUCGAAGUUCUUGGUCUGCAUGUAAAACAUCGCAACGUCAAUGUGGUUAUGGAAGAAAAUCUAGGAGUAUUACUUGCACACGUUAUGACGGGAAGUAUUUUGAUCUCACCUAUUGCCUUAAUCAAAAGCUAACGCAAUCUAUGCAGGAGGUAAAGAAUUUUACCAAAUUAAAUGAACUCAUUCAGUUUAUGGACAUUGACGUUGAAAGAAAUUGCUAUAUUCCAUGUAAGGAUGAUUGUGUUAUGACCAGUUGGAGCUCAUUUAGUCCUUGCUAUCGUAAUUGUAAUAGAAAUGAUAGUCAACCACAUCGUAUAAGGGUUCGCCAUGUCUUAAGGCCUAGCAGAUAUAAUGGUCAGAAAUGUCCUACAAACAAUAUCCAGAUCAUAAAUUGCACUCAAUCACAAGCACAAUGUGCACAAGUUGAGUGGCAAACUAGUCCUUGGCAGAAUGGAACAAGACAAGUUUGGUGCCUAGAUGUAAAUACUGGAUAUAAUGUCACAGGUUGUGAUGAAUUAACUAAACCUUCCACCAAAAAAUCCUGUGACAGUAAAUGUAAUGAACCUUAUAAGGAAUGUCAAGAAGGUCAAUGUAUAUGUAAGAAUGGAACUGAAGGUGAUGGUCAAAUCUGUUUGCCAAAAUCAGGAUGUUUCAAUAAUCAUCAUUGUCCAGUAGCAAAUAUGAAAUGUGGUCCAAAUCAACAAUGCCAGUGUAUUAACGGAUACCACAUGAAUUGUACUUCUUCAAAUCAUUGCCAGUGCUUUAUUGAUGAAGAAGAUUCUCAGGCAAUCAAUUGCCCUGUUGAGGAAAAAACGUCAACAUCUGGAACUAUCCAUAUAUCAAAGGAACCAGCAUUAGCUAUUGGCUGUAAGCGGAAAUUACAUCUUCCAAAAGCUCAUAAUAUUACUGUUCAAGUAGAAUUUUUCAAUCAUCAUAGUGUAAUAAGUUGUGCCCAAAAUUAUUUAAAGUUAGUGCCUUCACGUGGUAAAGCGACCGUCUUAUGUGCAAAUUUAGUUGGCAGACAUCAAUUAGCAUUUCCAGUUGACUCAUUACUGGUUGAUUAUCAUAAUCGUAUGAGAGCUAUUCUUCCUGAGUUACCAACAUUUGUCAUGGAAUAUGCUUGGGAUAAAAAAUAA